GGCAUUUCUCUCUUUCCUGUGUGAAUGGGGCUGACUGUCGGGCGCCGCUUCCCCGCGCUGCCCCACGCCAUGCCCUGCACGCUGCCCGGCGGCCGCCUUCCCCAGCCGCGCCACUGAGCUAGCCAUGGUCGCCUCAUGUGGCGGGCAAAGUUGCGCCGGGGAACUUGUGAGUCUGCGGUGAAAGGUCCCCCUCCUAUUGGUUACAGCCCUGGUAGUCCUGCCCCGAUUCUAGAAGACCCCAACUACUUUUUCCCAGACUUCCAGCUCUAUUCUGGGAGGCGUGAACCAUCUGCUUUGACGGUGGAGGCAAACGGUAGUGGCAUCAGGGAAAAAGUUGUUGAGGACUCCCUGUGUCACUUCCAGCCCCCGAGCCUCCUGAGGACCUCAGAGGUGGAAAUGAGAGGUUCCGAGGAUGCGGCAGCUGGGACAGUGUUACAGCGGCUGAUCCAGGAACAACUGCGGUAUGGCACCCCGACCGAGAACAUGAACUUGCUGGCCAUUCAGCACCAGGCCACAGGGAGCGCAGGACCCGCCCACCCCACCAACAGCUUUUCUUCCACGGAAAACCUCGCUCAAGAAGACCCACCAAUGGUCUACCAGUCGGCACGCCAGGAACCGCAGGGUCAAGAACACCAGGUGGACAAUACGGUGAUGGAGAAACAGGUGCGGUCCACGCAGCCUCAGCAGAACAACGAGGAGCUGCCCACUUACGAGGAGGCCAAGGCGCAGUCCCAGUUCUUUCGGGGCCAGCAGCAGCAGCAGGGGGCUGCCGGCCAUGGUUACUACAUGGCGGGGGGCAGCAGUCAGAAGGCCCGGACUGAGGGGAGGCCCACGGUGAACCGUGCCAACAGUGGACAGGCGCAUAAGGACGAGGCGCUGAAAGAACUCAAGCAGGGCCACGUCCGCUCUCUCAGUGAGAGGAUCAUGCAGCUGUCGUUGGAGAGGAAUGGUGCUAAGCAGCACCUCCCUGGCUCAGGGAAUGGAAAGGGGUUCAAGGCAGGAGGGGGACCCUCCCCAGCCCAGCCUGCAGGGAAAGUGCUGGACCCCCGGGGUCCUCCACCUGAGUACCCCUACAAGACCAAGCAGAUGAUGUCCCCCGUCAGCAAGACCCAGGAGCAUGGACUUUUCUACAGUGACCAGCACCCAGGGAUGCUCCAUGAGAUGGUCAAGCCUUAUCCUGCUCCUCAGCCUGCGAGAACGGAAGUGGCUGUCCUACGGUACCAGCCGCCCCCAGAGUACGGGGUAACGAGCCGCCCCUGCCAGCUCCCUUUCCCGUCGACCAUGCAGCAGCACAGCCCCAUGUCCUCCCAGAACCCCCCGGUCAGCGGGCCGCUGCACUCCGUGUCCUUGCCACUUCCACUGCCCGUGACCCUGGCGGCUCCGCAGCCCCCGCCGGCCGCCUCGCCCAGCCAGCAGCUUGGGCCUGAUGCCUUCGCCAUCGUGGAGCGAGCCCAGCAGAUGGUGGAGAUCCUAACCGAGGAGAACCGGGUGCUUCACCAGGAACUUCAGGGUUACUAUGACAAUGCCGACAAGCUCCACAAGUUUGAAAAAGAACUUCAGAGAAUUUCAGAAGCCUAUGAGAGCCUGGUCAAGUCCACGACCAAGCGGGAAUCACUGGACAAGGCAAUGAGAAACAAACUGGAAGGCGAGAUCCGAAGGCUUCACGAUUUCAACAGAGACCUCCGAGAUCGCCUAGAGACGGCCAACAGGCAGCUGUCUAGCAGGGAAUACGACGGGCACGAAGACAGAGCUGCAGAGGGGCUCUACGCUUCCCAGAACAAAGAGUUCUUGAAGGAGAAGGAGAAGUUGGAAAUGGAGUUAGCAGCCAUGCGGACCGCGAGCGAGGACCACCGGAGACACAUUGAGAUCCUGGACCAGGCUCUGAGCAACGCCCAGGCCAGAGUCAUCAAGCUGGAGGAGGAGUUACGAGAGAAGCAAGCCUAUGUGGAGAAGGUGGAGAAGCUCCAGCAGGCCCUGAGCCAGCUGCAGUCUGCGUGUGAGAAGCGAGAGCAGAUGGAGCGGAGACUGCGGACCUGGCUGGAGAGAGAGCUGGAUGCGCUGAGGACCCAGCAGAAACAUGGGAAUGGCCAGCCAACCGGCAUGCCAGAGUAUAAUGCCCCGGCCCUCAUGGAACUUGUGAGGGAGAAGGAGGAGCGGAUCCUGGCCCUGGAGGCCGACAUGACCAAGUGGGAGCAGAAGUACCUGGAGGAGAGUACCAUCCGACACUUUGCCAUGAACGCUGCGGCCACGGCAGCUGCUGAGAGGGACACCACGAUCAUCAACCACUCGAGGAAUGGCAGCUACGGCGAGAGCUCACUGGAGGCCCACAUCUGGCAGGAGGAGGAGGAGGUGGUGCAGGCCACCAGGAGGUGUCAGGACAUGGAGUACACUAUUAAGAAUCUCCAUGCCAAAAUCAUAGAGAAGGACGCCAUGAUUAAGGUCCUUCAGCAGCGGUCCCGUAAAGACGCCGGGAAGACGGACUCCUCGAGCCUGCGUCCCGCCCGCUCCGUCCCGUCCAUUGCUGCGGCCACUGGGACCCACUCCCGCCAGACCUCGCUUACCAGCAGCCAGUUAGCCGAGGAGAAGAAGGAGGAGAAGACCUGGAAGGGGAGCAUAGGGUUGCUGCUGGGGAAGGAGCACCAUGAGCACGCUUCGACCACCCUGGCCGCCGCGCUGUCCCCCAGCGCCUCCACCACCUUGGCCGGCAGCGCCCACGCUAAGACGGGCAGCAAGGACAACAGCACCCAGACGGACAAGAGCGCUGAGCUCUUCUGGCCCAGCAUGGCCUCCCUGCCCAGCCGCGGCCGGCUGAGCAUGACCCCUUCCAACAGCCCCGUCCUGAAACACCCGGUGGCCAAAGGGGCUGCAGAGAAACCGGAGAACCCUCUGGGCCACGGGAAGUCCCCUGACCACAAGGGCCGCGUCAGCAGCUUGCUCCACAAGCCCGAGUUCCCUGAUGGAGAGAUGAUGGAAGUUCUCAUCUAACACUGGCGUCCCUGCUGCUUUCUGUGAGGGGAUCUUGACAAACGAGGAGCGUGGCCGAGAGGGAGAAGAAAGAUCGAGAAAGUUGUGGAUGGGAAAUCAGGAACGAUGUGAACUGAUAAGAUCUUAAAUUAGUAAGAACACUUUUUAUAAACGUUUAAAAAAAUAAUCAGGAGACCUACAUGACUGAAGAUGAGGAGAAUGCUAUGGAUUCGUACCUCAUAUGGUGGAAGAGAGAAGACGCAUGUAGGUUUGGAAACCAAGACGGUCACAGGAAGUGGGAUUUUCACUGUAUAGAAAGUGUAUCUCUUGGGGAGGGUCUGUGUACACCCACUCUCUGGCUAUAAACACAUAAACCUGAACAUGGAUCUUCCUUGAAAUAUCCCCAUUCUCCUUGCCUCUUAGCAUGUUUGUUUUUGGUUUUUUUAUUUUUUAAGAAGAACCUUCUAGAAAUCUCCGAGAGCGCAUCUCGGCGUCAUGUAAUGUCACCUGUGCCAUCGGGGUUUCCUGUGAAUGUGUGUGGGGUUGGCAGUGAGAAGAUGUGUCUGCGGGUGAUGGGAAUUUAGCAGGCGGUUCUCACCAAACUCCCUGCUUGGUUUGGAUUUUCAGGAGAUGGCGGGGCUUCUUAGCUUCUGGGUUCAGCCAUAAAAAUACGGAACAGGAAGGGAGCAUUAUGAUCUUGGUGCUCAAACUCCCUAACUGUUCUGAGUUUCGUCUCUUCCUCUGCUUUAUUCUCUUUCAUUUUACUCUUCUUUUCUUUCACUUCUUUUCCUUGUUACUACAACAUGGCGGAAUUCCUCAGGUCUGGGAUUUAUUAGAGCAGAGUCUGAUCUCUGUUCAGUAGUGACCAGUGGGACGGAGCCAUAUGCUGGCUGCCUGGCUGCCUCCCCGACCUUGGAGUCAUUAGGCUCAUUGUGACUGGGAACUAGGGAAGUUCUGAUGAGGCGGAAGAUUCCACGGUCACUGGCCCUGGCUCUUCUGUCUCACAGCUGCUCUCUUGCACAGAGCCUGGUUUCUACCCUCUGUUGGGUUAGUAAGACUUUCAGGACUGCCCUCCAGCAAAUGAAUGACACUUGACUUGGUGGCAUCCAGAGAUUCACCCGACAGCUUGUACCACUUUCUAGAGUCUGUGGCUCAUGAGCAUAUUCAUCAGUCUCCCCACCCCCUCGCACUCCUCUGGUCGCUGUGGACAAGCACACAGGUUUCCAUGUUAGCACAUCAGUGUUUGUCAUGAAUUUGCUCUGUGACCUAACGGGCCAGUAUAUAUACAGUGCGGUCACGUGUGUCGAGGUUUCAGUGUGGGACAAGUUGACCAAAGUAAGCCAGAGGCACCGUGUCGAAGAGCCAGGAGUGAGUGGGUUCGUGGGCCUCUAACUCCUCAGACACUGGCUUUCUUUACGAAUUUGAGAGGUGCUGGAUCAGGGAAGAGGAGAAGCUAAUCAGGCUGGCAGAUGUUCUUGCGGGGUCCUGAUACUUUCCUCCGUCCAGGUCACCUGGAUGCUUCUGAGCCCAGGGCCCUUUUCUCGUGCUUACUUAGGGAAGGAAGAAAAACGGCCUCCGUCUGAGACGUCCUCAAGUGCCACCUACAUAGAGCCCUGAACACAAGACUCCUCCUGGAAUUUUGCUUGGGUGGCUUCUUUUAGAGUUGGUCUUUGGGGUGUAAGAUGGGUGGAGUUGUAGCCUCCCCAGAUAGUAGUGGUGGAGGGAAGACUGCAGUGUAAACUGCAGAGGAGGAGGGAGGAUGGCAGUGGCCUCGGCCGGAGCGGACGUAGCCAGUGUGACAGUGAGCAGGAAUCGCCUCUUCCCCAGCCCUGCUCUGCAGUGGGCACUGACCUCUGUGCCGCAUGCUCUUGGCCUCCUCUGGUCCCCUCAGGCUCAGGAAGCCAGAGCAGUUCUGGGGGCCAGGCAGCCUGCCUCGUGCCGGGGCCGUGGGAGUGUGGAUGCGGGUGGGGAUGGGGCAGGGGGGCCCGCCCCACUCUUGGUUCCCCAUCACGUUUUACAGGUGGUGAAGUUUAGGCGAUGGCGACUCUUUCUCAUAAGGAUGUUUUGACCCCUUAAUUAAUGUUGGGAAUGGACCAGGAAUGAAUGAAUGCAAGUGUCUGGAGAUAGGAGGGCAAUCUCCUCUGCCAGUCCCCGCAACCCACAUCUGGGCCACCUCAAACUUGAGCUGUCUCUCCUAGAAGUGGGGGAAAGUGGGAGCCACAGCCCAGUGUCCCCCAAGCCUCGUCUCUCUGCUCCAGCACACCCUUCGGCACGAGGUGCCAGGCUCGGGUGCUGCCCUUGGUCACCCAGACCGCCAGCGUAUUGUCAGAAUGAGAAUGCAAACACAAACAUCACCGUUUUUCAGUUGUGCUGUGGUCUUUGGCAGUCUCUUUUCUUCUAACUUGCUAUAAGAAAAGGGAUCUCUAGCUUUCAGAUGCAUUCUUUUCUGGGAGAUUUCCUGCUAUGCCAGCCCCGCCCCACCGCCCCAGUGCUUUUCAUGUUCACAGCUUUCUGGAAGCCUUGCUUGCACAUUUGUUUUUGUUUUUUUUAUUUUUUAAGAAGAACCUUACUUUCAAGAUUAAAGUAAAUGUCUUCCUCCAAUGUGAGGACGGUUUAAUCAGCUUGCCUCUGAUGUAUGGCUCAGUUGGGCAGAGUAAUUAAGAAGAUGGGCAGAGCAAGAGAUCACAAACACUGAGCACCUGCUCUGCGUUCUGGGCCAUUUACAAUCCUUGAUCUCAUUUGAUGUUCAGAAAAAGAAAUACCAGCUCUGUUUUUUGGUGCUGGCUGUAGGCAAGCAGGGCGGUGAGCACCUUUUAAUGAGUCCUCGAGCCACCUGGAGAGCAAGGGCUAGUUUUAGCCUUAUUUCAGAGAGGAGAAAACGGGCUCAGGGAGGUUCAGUCCCUCCCCAAAGGCUCACAGCAGUGGCAUCUGAACCAAGGGCCUGAGAAGAGGGUAGCUGUGCCCCCGUCACAGGCUGGACUGCCACCAACAUGGGUCACAGCCAUCUUUCAGGCCACGUCUUGGCCGCCUUCGGCCCCGUCUGUGAUGUGUGCGUGUGCGCAGGUACGCACACGCGCACGCACACGCAUAGCUGCCGCACCGCUCGGGGACUAAGGAAGAGGACCAGAGCCCAGAACUCCUACAACUGCCCCUAAACACGAGGUACAGACGGAAGUCUCCACGUUCCAUCAUACGCAGGGCCACAAAAUCCAUCUAAAACACCCUCGUGCGCUGUCCGGAGGCCUGGACGGCAGGACUCCGUGGAGUCGGACUGUGGCCCUCGCGAGUCCCGUCUCGGGGUGAAGGGUAAAGGCUUUGGCUUCGUGUGAAGACCUGCCGGGGUAAUUUGGGCCUCCUCCCGGAAUGGGUCGCCUGGCAGUGUCUGCACGCUGACCGGGGUAUCCUACGGAAUAGAUGCCGCUGGGUUCCAGCAACCCCUUCCAGAGCAUGCGCAGAACCUUCUCUUGGCUUCUGUGCUACCUGCCGGAGGCCGGUGGCCAGUGCCGGUGUGGAAUUGGGCCCCUUCCAGGCAGGCCUGCAGGCCAGGACUGCCGCGUCUGUCGCAGGGCUUUGGCUGGAGCGCACAGAGCAGCGGGGCCCUUCCCUCCUCCGUCCCGCGGGGCUAGCUCUUGGGAACGCGUCGUGGAUUUGACUGCCCGGGGUUGGGGUCCGAUAGCCAGAUAGCGGCUCCUUAACAAAUUCUGAUCUUGGAACAGAGACCUCAGGGGAGAGGCUGUUGGAAUGGCCGCUGCGGAGGAGCUGGCCAUCACUCCCGUUCUCCCCGGCGGUUGCCCUCAGCCCCCUGUGACCUCCUGAUGCCUGGGUUCCCCUGAUGGGAAGACAAGCCGGCUCCCCUGCAGCCUCGCGAGUUGCAGAGACCGCUGCGAGCGCAGACGUCAGGGGAGGCUGCGGUCCCAGGAGGCAGUGAAGAAUAGAUCGGGCUUUUAAAAGGUGUCGGGGCAGGGAGCUCAUGCGUGACUGCGUGGAGCUCCACCCGUUUUCCAAAACCAAAGUCCUGCUCCAGUCGGCGCUGGAGUCGGGGGAGUGUGCUGUGAGCUGUGAGUGAACUUGGCCUCCUGAGCAAAAGGGUCCCAAGGCCAUGGUGAGUGGGAGCCCGCGGAUAUUCUUAACCGGUAAAGCCCUCACGUAGCCAGAGGGUAUCCAGCCCACGGCUGGCUUCUUCACAUCCCCAGGCCCGCGGCAGGGUAGAUGCUUUAUUAAUGUGGCUUCUCUUCUCUUCUUUCUUGCUAAUUAAUGGAUGUGUUUAAAAUGUCUUCCUCCAAUGUGAGGACGGUUUAAUCAGCUUGCCUCUGAUGUAUGGCUCAGUUGGGCAGAGUAAUUAAGAAGAUGGGCAGAGUAAUUAAGGAGCUUCCAGAAGUUGACCAACUGGGAGCACGUAAAGGUCAGCAUUUCAGUAAAUGGAUUUCUUCUGGAACUAAGGAGUCGAUUUUUCUCUCUUCCUUUUAAGUAGUAUAUCCUUUUCUUGUUUAGUAAUUUAAUGAUAUAUAAAGAUGUGUGUCUAUGUCUGCAUAUGUAUGAGGUAUGACUACAAGGUUGUGUGUCGGGUUGUCUUGCUUAAUAUCUGGAAGAUCCAAGUAUUUCAUCUCACCCCUUCCUUAAGCGGUGACCCUUUGGGAGACUCUGUGCUGAUUGCUGUCCCCAGGAGAAACAGUUUGCAAACGCCUCUGUUAGAAUGGCCUCUGGGACCUGGCCCGUUCCUUUAUCCUCACAGAUGAGAAAUCUUCAUCCUUUGAGGAUGGAUUUAAGUUUGGAAAUCAUCCCAGUUGAAUAAAUAACGAUGGGUGAUGAAGGUCAUACCAUUUUACCUUUCAAAAAAGAAAAAUCCCGAAAAUGUUCCUUGGAAUGGGUCUUUGGACUCCUGGAGCCUCUCAAAGUGACCCCUUCCAAGGAGGACAAUAGUCAUCAGUACAUGUAACUUCUAGUGGGUUCGCUUUUAAAAAUCUCUUCCCUUGCCAUGCCUUGUAUGUGUUCUCCUCUCUGCAUACGCAGAUGGAGGUGCGUAUUCCUUAGUAGAGACCUCCAGUAGGUGCUCCUGAAAGCCCUGUAAUACUUAAGUGCAUGUUAUUGUCGUGUAAUGCGAUGACUGAAGUGUUUCUUUGUCAUAAAACUCUGCUUCUUCACAGAAUUAAAAUACUCUUCUCAAUAUAAUGAGGUACAUACACCACAUUUUCUCGUAUCAGCUCUCAAAGCGUCGACGAUGCCCAGUGGUGUGUUUACAUGUGAUUUUGCCUCGGAUUCUGGUCGCGUGGAGACACCGGCAAGUAUUUAUUACAAAACAGAAUGUAAGCAAGUUUAUCCACAGUGGUUUUCUUGGAACGGAGGUGUUUUCCCGGUUCUGUGGAGGGACCGUGGAGCCUCCUUCUUCACGGGGCACCUACAGAAUCUGUGUGGAAGUCUGUGAACCACGGGCAGGCGCAUGCAACCACCUCAGCCAACACUCGGACAGCCCUCGGGCACCCGCUCUCUCCGCCCGCCAUGUGUCGUCACCAUGCUUGGUGGCAGCAUGCUCUGUUCCCUCCAGUGGACUCUGGUGUGCCCUUUCGGCAUCUUCGUCCUGCUGGUCCGUAUCGAAGGGGUGUCUGCAGAGCUGCACAGCCAGGUGGGUGUGUGUGCCAGUCGGGGGGAGCCCCCCACGGCAAAUGUUGAUCCUGUUGAUCAGCCAAAGAUUUUCCUAUUCUUUGCUGCUUAAACUUGUGCCUUAAUAUUGUAUAUAAUAAAGGGAUAAAACGGCU